CUGAGUAUAUUCCAAUGUGUCAAAAAUGGCGGACCUCAAUAAAGAAUUAAGUGAAUAUUUAUUGAGCUAUAAAAACGAAAAACAUUAUAAAUUCCAUAUUCCAUCCGUGUCGAUACCAAAACCUCCAAUAGGAAAAUGGUUAGGGAGAUCAAGCGAGGAGGAUCAAUCAAAUGGUGGAUGGACGCAAAAAGAGUAUUGUCCCAGUAUGACCCGAUUUCAACGUCUUACUGGAUUUUUCAUGUGUAUCAUCAUGAGCAUCAUCUGCUUUAGUUUAUCUGCUAUUUAUUUGCCUCUUUUAUUAUUAAAGGCGCGUAAAUUUGCACUACUGUAUUCACUAGGAAGCGUUCUCUUCUUAAUAAGUUUCUGUUUCCUGUGGGGAGCCAUCAGCUAUUUGAAAUCACUAUUAAUCCCUGAGAGAAGAUGUUUUACAUUAUCGUACUUUGCAACCCUCGGUGGAACUCUCUAUUGUGCCCUCCAUUUGCAAUCAACCCCUUUAACAGUAUUGUGUGCAGUCUUGCAAAUCAUCGCCCUUCUAUCAUUUCUUGUUAGUCACAUACCAGGUGGAACUGCUGGACUAAUAUUCUUCAGAAGAUUAUUUAGGUCAUCAGAGAAUCCCACAUUACCCAUAUGACAUAUACUCAACACAACCACA